GCGCGCAGGCGCAGGCUGAGCAUCCGCCGGGCCACAGGGCGGACAAGGCCCAGGAUCGCCGGCACGAGCUGUACCGGGCCAAGCAGGACAUAAAGAGGCUCGAGGACAGGCUGGUGGAAGUCAAGGAUCAGUGCCAGCUGGAGAAGCGAGUCAUGGCCUUGGAGCACCAGAAAAAGAUCAGCGACAUGCUUGCGCAGCAAGCAGCGGUGAUGCUGAACCACCAAGCGGAGCUGGGCAAGAAGCAGGAAGAGAUGGAUGAUCUGAAGGCCCGGCGCAAGACGGAGGAGGAUGGUCUCAGGGCCGAGAUCCAGAGCCUGACUUCGAGGCUACAGGCAGAGGAGCAGAAGAAGAAGAUGGCAACCGCAGCGGACCUGAAGCCGUGGAUGGACGCCAACGACAACUUCGUGAAGCAGGAGAAGGAGAUGACCGCAAAGAUCGAUGAGCUGCGGAACGAGAGGGUCAAGCUGAAGAAGGCCAACGAAGCUCUGGACAAGGAGCUGAAGAACGCCAAGGAGGAGAACAAGAUCAUCAUCAGCAUCUAUGAGGAUGAGAUCAAGAAGGCGCAAGGGGACAUGCUUUCAGCUCGUUUUCUUGAGCUGCUGGCCGGACAGGCGACUGCCACCGUAGCCAGUGGGACCAAGGCUGGGUUUCUUUUCGGCGCUGCUGCUGAUUUGCUUUCUGCGCAACUCCUGCAGGUUGAUGAGGGGGAGCCCGUCAAGAAGACGGAUGACAAUGAGGGUGGGCCCGUGAAGAAGACGCCGGCCAACGAGGCACGGGCUCAAGAUUCAAAGACAGCAAACGUAACUUUCGCUGACCAGGUCACAAAGAACAAGGCUGAGAAGGUUGAGGGGCCGCCGAAGAAG